AUGACCAUGGCUGCAACUAUCACCGUCACUGCUUUCAGUGGAAGUGAGAAUUCAUCUGUAACAAAUUCACCGAGCUCGACCACAGCCUCCUUCACUGAAAACUACUUAUACUAUGAUUACCCGGAAGAAGGCUUUGGGAGUUGUGUGUAUGAGCGUCAUGGAGCCAGUUUCCUUUCAGCUCUUUACAGCAUUUUCUUCCUCUUCGGCCUUGUUGGUAACACUCUGGUCAUCUGGGUCAUUGCCUGCAGAGUGCGACUUCGCAGCAUGACCGACGUGUGCCUUUUAAACUUGGCUAUUGCCGACCUUCUGCUGGUGUCUUCCCUUCCCUUUCUGGCCCACCAAGCCCAUGACCAGUGGCUGUUCGGAGAUGCCAUGUGCAAAGUGAUCUUGGGCAUUUAUCACAUCGUGUUUUACUGUGGAAUCUUUUUCAUCAUUCUGAUGAGCCUUGACCGAUACUUGGCCAUAGUUCACGCCGUUUACGCCCUGAAAGCACGGACGCGGUCUGUUGGGCUGAUUGCAGUUGCUGUUGUAUGGGUAGCUGGAUUUCUUGCCUCUUUCCCAGACCUGAUCUAUUUCAAACAACAGCCUGGUGCUAAUAAUAUGACUCAGUUCUGCUUUGCUGUAUAUCCUGCUUCAGAUGAUCGCAGUGUUUCCAACUCGCACUUUUGGAGAGUCUUCAGCCUUUUUAAAAUGAACUUCUUUGGUCUAAUUGUCCCGGCUAUCGUCAUGGGUUUCUGCUACUCCAAGAUUGUCUGGAGGCUGUUGCACAGCCACUCAUCCAAGAAACAGGCCAUCCGUUUAGUUAUCAUAGUGGUAGCUGUAUUCUUUUGCUGCUGGGUCCCCUAUAAUGUUGCAUCGUUCUUCAAAGCACUGGAGUUACUGCAUGUCUAUACAGCAUGCGAUAGCAGCAAAGCCAUCAGACUGACUUUAGAAGUAACGGAGGCCAUUGCGUACUCCCACAGCUGCCUCAACCCCAUCCUCUAUGUGUUUGUUGGGGAGAAGUUCAGGCAGCACCUGAUAAGGUUGAUAAACAGGGCUCCCUGCAGACUGUGCCAGGUGAUCAAGGUCUUCUUACCCCAGGAUAGAUUAGCCAGGUCGAGCUACUCACAAACCACCAGCCUGGAUGAGAGAUCCUCUGCUGUAUAAAGUGUUUAUAUUCAGGAUGUGAUGCUUAAUGCAUUUGCAUGCUUGCAUAUGAAAUGAGGAUAUUCCCUGUAAAGUAUUAUAUUAUAUUUUUGUAUAGGCUAUUAAGAGACACUGAAGUUAUAUUUAAGUCUCAGUUAACAGAACGGGAAGGUUUCAAUUUUGGCACUUUAGGUUUGGGAAAGACAAACGUAAGCCAUUUAGUUGUGUAUAAGAAUAUAGAAAAAUGCCUCGACUAUGAAUUAAAUCAAAAGGAAAAAAAGGAAAA